AUAACCGAGAGCUACCCCGCAGACCUCCAUCAUAAGCUUUUAGGGGUCUUUUGUGUUGUAAGAAGCUCUCAUAUAACUUGUUAUCAAAUAAAAGAAAGGUGUGAAUGUUCCCAGCGUGUACACGAGGCCCCACCUCUUAAGAUGGCGUUAUCCCCACCGACCCAUGAUCAGCCAGUAGCGGCCCAGCAUCACAACCGAGUGAUACCUACAGCACCCGCAACAUCGGUGCCACCUAUUUUACGAAACAAUUAAAUCGAGAUCCGACGCGUUAUAACGCAUUCAGUUGUACUUAAACACGCUAAAUAUAUUAUGUAAUUUAUAAAUUUUUUUAAAGUGUUAAUAUUUUACACAAAUAAUGAACUCUAUAGAUUAUAUAUCUAGCACGUGUGAGAAUGAUACAGGGAAGUUUGAUAAUAAUGUCAGUGUCACGAAUGAUUUGACGGAGGAACGUACAGAGAUACGGACAUUCGUGGAAUCGGAUUCCGAUUUGGACAGUGAAAAUGAAACCGUCGAUGUCAUCUGUGAGAACAGUGAACAAAUGAAUAGUAUUAAUUACAAUACAAUAGCUUACGGCUCUGUCGAUAGUAUUAUAUACAGCAGAAACUUGUACGCUAACAAAAUGACGGUGAAAAAGAAACGGGUUUGUGAUAGUGAACAAAUUAAAAUUAUAAACGAUUCCGCAAACAGUUUAUUACAGACGAAGGGGAAAAACUUUCUGAUAGACAGUAUACUAGGCAACGACGAGAGUAAAACUCAAAGAAAACUCGUCAAAGACGCCGAUAACCCAGAGGAGACGGGAGACGAACAUAAUGUGUCAUCGACCUCAACAUGUCCGGACAUCUCCAUCAACAGUGCUGAUGUCUUGGCGGGACAUGCGUACGCGCAUUGGCUGGCGACACAACAACCUACUUUUUAUGAUGACAAAAAUAAUCGGAGGCAGAAACGUUCCGGACCAGAGAGGAAACCUCGACAAGCGUACAGCGCUAAACAACUAGAGAGACUCGAAUCUGAAUUUAAGUUGGACAAAUAUCUGAGCGUAUCAAAAAGAUUGGAGCUCUCCAAGGCGCUCGGACUCACUGAGGUUCAAAUAAAAACGUGGUUUCAAAAUCGAAGGACAAAAUGGAAGAAACAACUCACAUCUCGUCUCAAGAUCGCCCAGCGUCAAGGAUUAUUUCCCGGACAUAUCUUCGGACACGCCCCUCAGACUUAUUCACUUAUAAAUCCUUAUACCUACAGUCCAUUAAGCUGCAUGUUCACCCCCGUGACGUUGCCGACGUCGCAACCAUGAGACUACAUUACGAUAUUGACGUUGUUUACACAGAUCAUUAAACUAUUUACGAACGUGAUUGCGUUAUGAUAUGACAAAAAAAAAUAUGUAGACAAAUCAAAUUUAUCACGGAUGAUUUGAUAAUUGUGUCAUACGUUCUUACAAACGUGAUUGCUUUAUGAUUUGAUAUAAAAUUAAAUAUAUCAACAUUUUGAUAACUUUAGCAUACUAAAUCUGUAUUAUCUCUCACAUUUAAGACGGGCUCGUGGAUGUUUGAUAUGUUUUGAGUCAUUUACUGUUUUAAUUGAUGUGUUAAGUGUACAUACAUGCUGUAACGCGCUACUUUUCUCACUUCAAGUGGGUGGUCCAGGUGUUAAGACAUUAUUGGGCAAUUGUUUAAAUUGAUAAUUAAUUAUGCAUGAUGUGCUAUUUAACUUGAAUUUUGUUCAUAUUUAUUUAAAGUUAAAAAGAAACUUUCUAGUCUGUAAGAGUUUUAUAAUUAAAAUGUGUAUCUAAAAAUUACGAACAGUUAUAAAAAUUUAUAUUAAAGCAAUAAGUAUCUUAUAAUUUUGAUAAUAUGUUGCUGUAAGUAUUUGGCUAGUCUAGACUAAGUAGGCUAUAAUUCCUGAUGUGUUAUGAGAAAUUUAAAUUUUAUAGCCAAGAAUACAAUAUCACAGGUAACAUUUUGUUGGGAAGUCCUUUAAUAACUUGUAUCCAUUAAAAUUUAUAUGCUCACAAAGAAUUUCGGGUGUAGCUCGCACUCCCCCAACCUAGUCUUUUUUAUUGAAAAUUCGUUUUUUGUUAAAAAUACAUUUAAUUAUUAAAAAUCCUAAUAUACUUUUGUUAAUAUUAAACUUGCAAACAAUAAUGCGUAAUAUUUCGCGAGAGCAACAUUUCCCUUGCGUGACAAAUGGUCAGGUCUAACUCCCAACUCAUGUCUAUGCGAUUCACGUAAUUAAAAGAUUUCCUCUGUGUAGUUAAAAACAAUUAUAAAUAAAUAUCU